UCCCUCCCGAUGCUAGCACCGUCGGGCUUGGCUGUGGGAGCGUAAUGGCGGUGCACCGGGGACCCUCUACGAAAUGGCUCUUCUCCCGGGAGCGGCUCGAAAACACACCGUCUCGACGCUGCGGAAUAGAGGCUGACAGGGAGCUUUCUUACCGGCAGCAGGCCGCCAACUUAAUCCAAGAUAUAGGCCAGAGACUCAACGUCUCUCAACUGAUUAUCAACACCGCUAUAGUAUAUAUGCACAGGUUUUAUAUGAUUCACUCCUUCACCAAAUUCCAUAGAAAUAUAAUUUCCCAGACUACGCUGUUCCUGGCAGCUAAAGUCGAGGAACAGCCCAGGAAGCUGGAGCAUGUCAUUAAAAUAGCCCAUGCCUGCGUUAACCCACAAGAGCCUGCCCUAGACACUAAGAGCAACGCAUUCCAGCAGCAGGCACAAGAGCUCGUAGCACUGGAAACAAUAGUGCUGCAAACGCUGGGUUUUGAAAUAACAGUUGAUCAUCCACACACAGAUGUUGUGAGGUGUUCCCAGCUAGUGCGAGCAAGCAAGGAUUUGGCACAGACUUCCUAUUUCAUGGCUACCAACAGUUUGCACCUCACCACCUUCUGCCUGCAGUACAGGCCAACAGUCGUCGCAUGUGUCUGCAUUCACUUGGCCUGUAAGUGGUCCAACUGGGAGAUCCCUGUGUCUACAGAUGGCAAGCACUGGUGGGAGUACGUGGACCGCACCGUAACGUUACAGCUGCUGGAUGAACUCACACACGAGUUCCUUCAAAUCCUGGAGAAGACGCCCAGCAGGCUGAAGAGGAUACGAAACUGGAGGGCCAUUCAAGCAGCUAAGAAGCCAAAGACGGAGGUCUCAACAGUGGAUAGUGCCUUCCAGGGGACGUCCUUAGAUGGCCUUCCUGGUGUCACCAACUCUUUUUUCCCCUCCACCUCUUCAUCAGACUCUACAGACAUGUCCUCCCUUAACAGCAUCGCAGUCCCCUUCGCCUCCUACCAGCCACUGAGUGACCAGUCAAAGUCCUGCGGCUACGAUCAGUUCUCCGAGCCUCACCCUUCAGACUUCUCACUGGUGAAACACGAACACAAAGCUGCAGGCGGCUCUAGCAGUAAACACCAGCAGCUCGGUACAAACGCAGCAGCUUUUUCGCGGCCGCAGAAAGUCUUGACUCUGGAAAAGUACAGGGAGAAACAUGCGGCGGAGCUGGCCUUGCAGAACGGUAUAAAGGAGGAGGCGAGCACAGACAUGUAUGCGCCCCCUCCAGCUCUCUCCUCCCACCACCACAAGAAACGCUCUCAGCCACAGCAGAGCAGCCAGUCAGGCGACGGCAGGAGAGAAAAGUCCAGCUCGAAAAAGGCCCGGCUGCCUCCUUCUUACACCGAGAACGGCUCCGCCACGAGCGAGGAGCUCAAGAUGAGAAUCAAAGUUUCGUCGGAGCGUCACGGAGGCUCAGAGCAGGGCGGGACUCUGCCUGGGAAAGACAAGCACAAAGAGCACAGCAGCCACCGCCACUCAAAACACGGCCACUCGCACGCUUAUUCCCUCAGCGGAAACAGCAGAGGGACAAUAGACCACCCUCCUUCCUUAUCCCUACGAGCUCCCAGCGGCCACUGCAACGACGUGAGCUCCUCCGGCUCGUCCCGUAAGAGGCCUCACUCUGACGCUGGAAACCACAACCACCACCACCACUCAUCCAAGAGCAGGAGCUCCAAAGGAGGCCUCAGCUCGUCCCACUACUCGUCCGAGAGCGGCCAGAGGAUCAUGGAGCACCACGGCCACGACGGAACCAACGGCCUGCUGACCUCCAACGGCCAACACACUGACUACAAAGACACUUUUGACAUGCUGGACUCUUUACUAAGUGCCCAAGGAAUGAACUUGUAAUCCCCGGAGAGUCCACAGUGUUGUUUAGAAUAAGGUAUUACCAUGUUUAAUAGAAUUUUAAAAAAUGAAUUUAUUUGUCUUAAGUUAUCUGGAUUCUGCAUCGCCCUCAGUCGUGUCUACACACUGAUCAUUGAUGAUUCUCGUUAAGCUGUCAAAAAUGUAAAAUUAUGCAUAGAGCUGUGUACUACUAGCUUGCAACAAAAAAAAACAACCUAUGAGAAGAAUUAUGAAUGCGGCUGGAAAAAUGGGAUUUUAAAAGUUCUUUUAACGCGAGCUGACAUGAUUUUAACGUGCAUGUUUUCAGUCACAAAAGGGAAGACGGAGCUAGUUCGCAGCCAUCGCGACAGUUUACAGACAGUACAUGUUUUUUCUUUUUUUUUUUUUUUUCCUUUUUUGUAUGUUAAGACAUUUUGUUCCACUAAAAAUCUCAGGUCUCGAACUUUUUUGAUAUAAAGGAAUCUUCCUCUGUUUGGGUUUAUUACAUGUAUCUGUGGAGAUGUAUCACCUCGUCCAUUUGCUGACGAAGAGGGCAGACCUUCGGCAUCUGUCUUGGCAAACAUGGUCUGCUUAUAUUUCAAUGAGUGCAUCAAUAGUUUCAAAAAAAACAAUACGAAUGUGAGGCCGACUCCAUUUGCUGUCUAUUGGGACUUCCAAGGCUGCACCUGAACUCAAUGUGCAGACUCAUAGAGCUACAAAUGAAGUUUACGUUACAUCUGCUGUGAAAGUGCAUUUAAGAUAUAUCGGCUAAAAUUGCAAAAAGGCCUUGUGAUUGUACUUUGUCAAUCGCUAUUCAGUAUGAUAAAUGUUAUUAACUAUCAGAAAAUACAGAUCUUUAAAAUAAGAUUGUGUAUAUAGGACUGUAGUUCAGAUUUAAAACUGUUGGUUUAUUGCAUCAGUCCAAACCUACAUUCAGUGUAUCAUGAGAUCUAAAGCAGACUGUAUUGAUGAACAUCCUCGAUUUGUGUAUUGGGAGCCCAAAUAAAGGCAUAAAAGUGAUUUUCUUUUUUGUCCUUCAACACAUCACAGCGAGUGUCAAUGUGAAACAAGAAACACUGAUUUUUGUGAGUACAUUAGGUUGGGGAAGGCAAAUGUUUUUUGUUUUUUUUAAAAGGGCUUUAAACCACAACCCAUGGUGUUCUUCUGUGAGAUAAUAAUGAAGAAGAAUAAAAAAACAA